UCAAGAAAUUAAAGUCAGUCCCAGCAGCUGAUCUUUUUUCUGUAGCAAGCACUAACUUCAAUGGAUUCAAACAAAUCCAACAAGUCUAACAAGAUCAGAGAUAUUGUCAGGCUUCAACAGAUCCUCAAGAAGUGGAAAAAGCUUGCAAAUGCUCCAAAAAACAGCUCUAAUUCUAUUUCUUCUGCUACUUCCACCAGCAGCAGCAGCAGUAGUAGUAGUACCACUAGCAAUGGCAGUAAGAGCAUUAAAUUCAUCCUGAAGAGAACACUCUCCUUCUCAGAUGUUUCGGGGGCUUCCAAUGAUCAUGUCGUGCCGAAAGGCUUUCUUGCCGUUUGUGUAGGGAAGGAGCUGAAGAGAUUCAUCAUCCCAACACAGUACUUGGGUCACCAAGCAUUUGCGAUGUUACUACGAGAAGCCGAAGAAGAAUUUGGCUUUCAGCAAGAAGGAGUGCUCAAGAUUCCCUGCCAAGUGUCUGUGUUCGAGAAAAUCUUGAAGGUGGUUGAAGAGAAAAGAUCAGAGGCAGAACUUCACCUGCAUGAUCAGCUUGGUUUCGAUGCAGACAAGGAAAAGAUUGGGUGCUACUCACCGGAUCAUUGUGAGCUUACCCCCUCUAAUCAUCCUCAAAUGUGUAGAUGAUUAUAACUGAUAUUGAUUUUGAUUUUUCAUCUUGAUCGCCAGAUCUUUUUCCUUUUCUUUUCCCUGGAUGUUGUGUGAAUGCAAUGUGAUGAGGAGAGGAGAGAACUGGGUGAUAUCAGGGCGGGGGGAGAUCUUUUAGAGAUAAUAAGAUAGAUUUCUUUUUUCAUUAUGGGAAAUAGAUAUUAGUUUGGAUAUCAUGUCCAAGUUUUAGUGUAUCUGCCAUUAUUUUGUGCAGAGGACAUCAUCAAAUUUUCGUUCAUCGUUACGAUUCUCUAUCCAUUCCAAGUUUAUUUAUUUAA